UAGUGAUCGUUGCCUAGAGAUCGUCCCUGAUAAUCCGCUUGAUCACAUCGUUUGUGUACAAGGUGAUACGUUCACGCCAUUACAGUUAGGUUCACACACACGCCAAUGGAAAAAUUGUGAUUAAAAGUUUUAUUUGCAAAUUGACUGAACAUAAGUAGCAGCAUGUCUUCGACGGAAAUAGAGCAAACAGCAGUGUUGGUAGAACAGCUUGCUCAGUUGUGCAUGAACGCCGACAAUGCGGACGUCACCUUUACAGUGAAGGGUCAACAUCUGCCAGCGCAUCGGAUCAUCCUGGCGACCAGAAGUGAAUAUUUCCGGGCCUUAUUAUUUGGUGCGCUGAAGGAGUCAAAGCAGAAUGAGAUUACACUGCAUGUUUCGGUCGACGCGUUCAAGUACCUGAUGAAGUACAUCUACACCGGCAGUUUGUCACUGAAACAGAUGAAGAUUCGUGACAUUCUAGAUACACUUGAGUUAGCUCAUCAAUAUGGGUUCAUCGACCUACAGACGGCUAUAGCAAAUCACCUGGGCAAUGUUAUUGGCAUGAACAAUGUGUGCGUUAUUUUAGAAACGGCUCGUUUACUAGACCUUACCGAACUGUCUUCCACGUGCUACACGUUUAUGGACGAGAAUGCGAACAGUAUCAUUCAGUCGUAUAACUUCCGUCGCAUCUCCUACGAGGCCCUGUUCGGUUUAUUGCAGCGGGAUACUUUCGCCGCUGAUGAAUUCGAUAUUUUCAACGCCGUUCGUGAUUGGUAUCUAUACAAUGCAGACAAACCGAGUAAAGCAAUGCAGACAAACCGAGCUGAAAAGCUCUAUAACCUGGUACGGUUUACGCUGAUGUCUCAGCAUGAAUUGUUGAAUGUGGUGCGGAGUGCGAAUGUACUGAGCCCCAAUCGUUUGCUGGACAUAUUGGCUGAGAAAGAAAAGCUAACCGUAUUACCAUAUCGUGCUGUAUCCUGUUUGCCAGAGCUGAUUAUAGACUGGAAUAAAAUUAAGUGGUCUAACUCAUCUUCAGGCUCAUGUAGCCGACAUGGUGAAAUCGAUUUGGGUAAUUACUUCAAAGUCAACGGUAUCCAAGUGGAUAGAAGGAGGAAGGGAAGGAAAUUCUAUCACCAAACAAACUAUACCGUAAGAGUGUCCGUCGAUAAAGAGCGUUGGACCAAAGGCGUCACAUGUGAAGCGCACUCACCAUAUUUAACCGUAGCCCAUUUUGAAAUAAGUAUUGUUCGUUAUAUUCGCAUUCAGCAUGUUAAAGAUGUGUCUGAAGUUGGAGUAAUUAAAGCUAUAUUUUAUAAACCCAACUGUGGCUGCAAGACUGGUGAGCAAAGUGGCAAAAUGUAAUACAAUCUUAUAUUAGUGUAGGAGAUAGUUCUGAUAGUUAAAGAUGCGCAUGAUAAAUAGGUUCAGUGAACUUUUGACAAUUAACUCCUUUUAAAAUUGAACGCUUUUUAGACAGCUAAUCGCUUUGCUUGCUAAUCCAUAUGUGCCCGUCUGGCAAUCUAAUACAUUGACAUACAAAAAAAAACCAUGACUGGAUCAUGUGUGAUGAAAUAUCAGAAACAAAUGGGUUUUGCAAGAAUUUUACUAGAUUCAAUGCGAUUUCUGCAGUACUUUCUUUGUUUGAAACAUCACAAUCAAUUCAUUAAGUAACGAAAAAUUAAAUUAUCUUAAAACUACAAUUUCUUUCCAUAGUAGCGUAGUAUCAUUCUUCUUCAAGUAAGUAGCGAGGAUCAUUCUUUUACGGAUUUACUUUUUAUCUAUUAACACGUUCAGCGCUAUGGCUUUCCCCAAGGUCCAUGACAGAUAUGCUAACAAACCAUGACAAAUCCCUACCCUUAUUUCCUUUCCCAACCGAACCGAACACUCCACAUCCGGCACUGUUGCAAUCCAUAAUCACCGUUUUGCUUAAGCGUACGUAAAGCUUUUACUGGUAGCCAUAUAAAAUAAAUUAAUCGAAUUGAAUUGAA